GGCAACCGCUAGUUGGCUAGUAGCAGCCGAGCCGCGACCGUGAUAGCAUAUUGUUUGUGAUCCAAAGCACGCCGCGAUAUCCGUCGGCCGAGUUCUAGAGUCUGGCGAAAACUCUGACAGUUUUUCUCCCGCAGGAUGUGAUCGUGUUGCCCGACAGUGGCCGCGUAGUUAUUAACAAUGUUGCCCAUGCACGGCAAACCUGGCGCGAAGAUUUUGGACACUAUGGCUAACCCCUGGUACCCCGCCUGCAAUCGGUCUUCCUAUAAUUUCGUCAUGGAUACACCGCCUAGUAAUAGUAGAGAACAGAGGAAUAAAGCUGAAAAACAACGAAGGGACAAACUGAACGCCUACAUAGCAGAGUUGGCGAGACUAGUGCCCAUGGUUUCGAGAAGUGCGAAAAGAAUGGACAAAACCAGCAUCCUCAGACUGACAGCAACUUUUUUACGGAUAAAUCAAACUUUGAUGAAUAGCAACAGUUCUGCUAACAUGAACUUCCCCAAACACGUGGAUCAAUUCCUUCUGGAGCAACUGGUGUGCGAGCAAAUGGGGGGAUUCUUGCUCAUAGUUUUGCCGACGGGAAAAAUAGUUUUCGUUUCACAUACCAUAGAAAACUUACUGGGACAUUUACAGACGGACCUGAUGGGCCAAUCCCUGUUCAACAUCACCUCCUCGGACGACCACGAGCGCCUGCGCACCUACCUGCAGUGCAUCGGCGCCGUCGAGCACGACUGGACGAAGUACUUCGGCGUCAGGUUGCGGCGCGCCGGUCCUCGGUCCGAGUCGGCCGUCUUCGAGCCGGCCAAGAUGAUGGGCGUGCACCGGCAGGCGGGCGGGGCUGGAGUGGGCGGGGCAGGAUUGGGCGGGGCGGGGCAGGUCGACGGAGGCGCCUCGCCGGCGUCAAGCAGGUCGUCGACGACGUCGUCGGUCGGGUGUUCGAAUAACGAUAUGAUCGUGCUGUUCGUGAAGAUCUGCCAGCCGGAGCCUCUGGUCGACCGGCUGAUCGAGGCCUCCAAGGAGGAGUACGUGACGCGGCACCUGAUCGACGGCAAGAUCAUCGGUUGCGACCAGCGCAUCUCGAUCAUCGCGGGGUACAUGCGCGAAGAGGUGACCGGUCAUUCGGCCUUCAAGUACAUGCACAGGGACGACAUGCGGUGGGUGAUGAUCGCCCUCAGACAAAUGUAUGAUAGAGGCGAAAGCCGAGGCUCAUCGUGCUACAGGUUACAGUCCAGGAACGGAAUGUUCAUCUACCUGAGGACCUGCGGCUUCUUGGAGAUAGACGAUCAAGGCACCGUGGAGAGCUUCAUUUGUGUAAAUAGUUUGGUUGACGAACGGGAGGGCCUGGACUUGAUAGAAGAAAUGAAGAGGAAAUAUUCGGCUAUCAUCAAUUCCACCUAUACGUUAGGCGAGGACAACGAAAACACCCCGCAAGCCCCCAUCGAUCUGGUGGAGGAUCCCGUUCAGGUGGAUCAGGCGGUGGCGCAGCUCAUGCGCAACCUGCCUUCGCCAGGCUCAGAUAACCGCUCAACCCCCAGCCCGCUUGUCCAUCACGAGAAUCAAGACUACCCUAAUCACCUAACCAACAACACGGAGAAAAAUUAUGUGACUGAAUCACCCAACAACAAAUACCAAGUAAGACUCAAGACUGCCCCUGUCGCCGCCCCCGUCAAGAGACAGUCCAGCGUCGACUCGCCCCCCUACGAGAACUUCAACAAGCGGCCGCGUACGCUGACGCAGCCGUGCCACCGGCCGACGACGAAGCCCUACUCGCAAAGGGCGGCCGUCAGCCCCAUCAUCACCGAUAUUAAGAAUCAGCCUGAAAAGUCUCCAGCCAGAACAACUGAUAACUUUGAAUUGGAGAAAAUAUAUCAUGUCCAAUGAAAUGUGUAAUAUUCGAAGAGACUGACUGAUUAAGGCCAUACUUAAGGAAUGUAACGUCUCCCACACAAAGACUCGACUUUUUUUAAUUGUAUAUGUGUGGACGGUGUUAAUUCAAUGUUAUAUUUAGAGAAUACCAGUGAAGAGGGAUGGGACAAGCAAACCAUGGAUACAGUAUGUAAAUGACUAAUGCUUUUUUGACUCAGAAUCAUCAUACAGUAAGUCUAGCCUCAAAACAUUUGUAUAAUUUUUCUAUUCGUAGAUAGGUACUGCUACUUCUUCAGGAACUGAAUUGAAGAUAAUAUUUCGUUAUUUUUGAAUAGAUUGCGACUGAAAAUAAUAUUUGAUCCCAGUGCAUCAUUAUCGACUGUAUAUACAGCUCAUUUACAUACAUGGUCAAUUAUGAUGACUAAAAUAUAUUGAAACGGUUCAAUAGUCAAUUUGAAUACAAAUUUGAUCAUCAAAGAAAAUCUAUCUAUUGUUAACGACCAACCUAUAUACUGGAUGUCAUGGUAAGUGUUUGUCUUAUUUUUCGUAACUGAAUUUACACAAAGAAACCUGAUUAAUGUUAAGAAAAAGUUUGUUUUAUUUUAUGAUUACAUUAGGAAUAAAACUUGUACAGAUUUUUUAAUAUUCUCGUAACAUAUAUUAUACAUUCUAGUAAUUAUAGUGAAUCUGUGAUGAAACUGUUUAUGUUAUAAUUUUAGGAAUAUUGACUGUUUUAUAAUGAAAUACGGAAAAAUAUCAGGAGUGGAAAUCAUACAAUAUUUUCGUUUUCACAUACCUACAAGUACAUGGUUAUCCCAUUUACAUCUUACAAGAUGUUGAUUGCAUAACCAGGUUUGCUCAUUAGAAGAUGUAUUCACUGUGAAGUAAAACAUACAUAUUCUGUUGUCAUAAUAGAGGAAGUGGAUUGAAAAUUUUGAUUAUCCUGAAUUGUAAAUAUUUUAUUCUUUCAGUUUGACCUGUCGAAAAUUCUUUAGAAAUUGGUUCAUUGAAAGCCCUUGACUGAACUGAUAAAAAUAAUUGGACUAAGGAUGACCAGUUUAUGUCAUGUAAAUAGUUUAUUAACAUUUCUUGUUUCCUUGAUGACCCAUUAAGAGGAACGGAAGGUAUUUUCUAUGUUAUUACCUCCAUUUUUUGUUCAUGGUUACGAUUGAAUUACACAAUAUACCUACUAUAUUAGGUAUUAAUUAUGAUUUUUUAUGUCACACUAUCAGAGAGAGAUGGAACAUAAGGCUAUUAGACAUUGAUACAUCCGAUUUGGAUUUCGUUUUCAACAACAUAUAUGGAUGACAUAUACCUUUUGAGCUGAAUCUAAUCGACCCAAUUUGGAAUUGAGGUUCAUCAUUAUUUGGAAAUGAUCGAUGUAAUAUACAUUUCGAUGAAAAAAAUCCAUCGAAAUUGUCACGAUCAUUUUACUGACUAUAGUGUCUUUUAGAAUGCCUAUAAAACGACCUUUUCCGUUCUUCUUGAUGCUUCAAUUAUUUUCUGUCAAAAUAAAACUCGUUAUUUUGAAAAAUCUAUGAGAAUUAGUUCUGAUUCCUAUACAAUGAAUAAACAGGAGCCGCAUUUUGAGUGGAAGCCAUUAAUGAAACAAUCUAUUCUAUAUUCCAGUUAAGAAUGAAUGCAGUGUUCAGUGGAGAAACAAUUAUACAGGGUGUCACUAAAUGGUCUGUUCAAAAUCUCAGCACUAAGACCUGAGGUCAAAAUAAGCUGGCUUAAAGCAUCUUGAAGUAAAGUUGAAAAAUAAAAACCGAUUUGUUCGAAAUGUAUGAACAUAUGAAUUACUACUGGUAGUCGGGGGACUUUUUGGGAUGGGAAACCUGAAUACAGACAUCUUUUCACUGUGGCCAUUAGAUGGCGCUUAUCAAUGCACCUCUGUGGGGGUUGUCCACAUAUAAAUUAUUUAUUUCGUGAUUCAGAAAAGCCAAAUAUAUCAACAAACUUUUUAAUUCGAAUCUCUAUUCUAUCUCAAAAACAAUCGAACAUCUAUUGAUUAAAUAAUAAAAUCUAUCGUCGCUAACAAAGUGAAUAGCCUUGUCUCUUGAUUUUUCAAAUCUUAUUUUCCAGCAUCUACUGAGUGUUCAGAUGUUCAGAUCCCUACAUCACCAAUUAUGUGGGGGUUGUCCACAUAUAAAUUAUUUAUUUCGUGAUUCAGAAAAGCCAAAUAUAUCAACAAACUUUUUAAUUCGAAUGUCUAUUCCAUUCACAAAAACGAUCGAACAUCUAUUCAUUAAAUAAUAAAAACCUAUCGUCGCUAACAAAGUAAAUAGCCUUGUCUCUUGAUUUUUUAAAUCUUAUUUUCCAGCAUCUACUGAGUGUUCAGAUGUUCAUUCAGAAAAGCCAAAUAUAUCAACAAACUUUUUAAUUCGAAUCUCUAUUCCAUCUCAAAAACAAUCGAACAUCUAUUGAUUAAAUAAUAAAAUCUAUCGUCGCUAACAAAGUGAAUAGCCUUGUCUCUUGAUUUUUCAAAUCUUAUUUUCCAGCAUCUACUGAGUGUUCAGAUGUUCAGAUCCCUACACCUCUUAUGGUUUAGAAUGGUCACAACUACGUUUUCGAGAUAUUUCGAUUUUUAAUGUUCGAUGCCGCACCAGAAUAUUUAAAUUAUUUCCAAUAAAAAUGUUUUGCUGUUAUCUUCGUGGAUGUAAUUGAGUUAGUGAUAGAACAGUGAAAACAUUUAUUUUUCAAAAUACAGAGCAAUUUCGGACUGAGGUAAGUUGCAUAUUUCGACCCCAGGACUAUUUGCUAAGAUUGUGUACAGACUUUUUAGGGACAACAAUAAUGAUGGUCGAAAUUGAGGUUAUAGCAUCUUGAAAUCUGUGACGGCUGAUCAUCAAUGAUACUCACGGUAGAACCAUUUAUAAAACAUUGAUAAUCAAGUAUUGUUCAUAUUCAGAUUAUUUAGAUAAUCGUAUUUUGGCGAUUCAAGUGAUUUGAAAAAUCGAACAGUUGUCAGUUGUCAUGAGGCAUCAUCAUCAUCAUUUCUUCUGGUUUUCAAAUUAGUAGACAUUCGAAAUUAUGACCUAGUGAACACCGGUUAUUUCAUCAGAAAGGGGCGUGCCUAGCUCACGUGACAACAUACACAUGACAGUAUUGACAUUGACAUCUAUAAUACAAUCUCAAUAAGGUUAUUUUUAAUUGGACAUACUGCCACUCUUUCAAUUCAAGAACCAAUCAGCUGGCAUGACAUGGGGAUAACAGUUUCAUCAAGUCAUCGUGGAAUUGUCUUAAUAAAUACAACUUGUGCUCACAUUACUAUGGAAAAGUCUGGAUCAAAUUGCUUUGAGGUAACACCCCUCGUCCAGUUACAUCCCUCGUGGUGUUACCAAUCGGUACUCAGUAUUGUAAGCACUCAUGGUAUUACCACUGAUUAUUUCAAUGAUUCGAAUUAUAAAAUCACUAACAACUGUUUUUAACUAUCGAUUUUUUUAUUGAUCAUUGACAGCCGAACCGAUCAACUUACAACUUUCAUUGUUCAUGAUCCAGAAGGAGAUCGCUAGUGGAAGCUCGCAUGGUGUCUUGACACCAUGAAUAGGUAGGCCAAAUAGUCCCUAUCUCAGUAUGCGGUAUAUUCUCAACUGAAAUGUACUUUAGUCUUCAAAAUAAAUUCAAUUUGCCAUACUGUGAUGAUAAGAAUAAAGGUAAUUCUGAAAUCUUAUUUGAGUCGAUCAAUAUAAUUGAAAUGUAAAGUAGUUCUUGCCGAAAAUUUACGAGGUGAUUUGAAAUAAAUACAUAUAUAAGACAAAAUUCGACGAAAUAUGAAGAAACAAUUGAAGGAAAGAGAAAAAAGUUCUCUUCAGUGCUAGCGACGUAGCUAGUCUAGUUUGUGCCAUAGAACUAUUUUCGAGGUCAUGUUAUAAGUAAUAUCAUUUUCAUAAUGAAUAAUAAUUAUGCUAUCGACAGACAUAGUCAAAUAAUUCCAAACUUGUCAGCUGACCAAUCAAAAAGUUUGAUGAAUGAGAUCAUAUUGAUAUGGGAUAGUGAUAAUAAUAUUAUAAUUGUUUCAAUGGUACCCUUUGGUAGUACAUGUGAAUACUCAAAGGUAGUAAACAUUAUGCCUUCCUAGUUUUUCGAUUAUAUGUAUUUAUUUUCAUGUCACCCUGUAUACAAUAACCAGUGAUUGAAAAUGCCUAGCCUCAAAAAUGUUUCACAUUUUCAAAAAUUCAAUAGGCAUGUUUGUUGGUGGAUGACCUUUUGACAGCUAUACUUUGCCCAACAUAGACAUAGUUUGAAAUUUUUGAAAAUACUCGGCCGUUACUAAAAUUCUCAUAAUUCAAUAUAUUUCGAGAAUUUUUUGGAAAUAUUGAUUGUGAAGUGAAUUCUGAAUAUUAUAAUACCAUAUUAUAUUAUUAGAAAUUUCAAGCAAAACAGAAGAUUACAUGUUAUUCAAUGUUAGUUUGAUUUGUUUUUGAUUACAAAAAUUUUAAUUCCGUGGACAUUUUAUCAUUUCUAUUUUUAUUUAAAAUACAUUUCAUCCCUGAAAAACGAAAAAUUGAAGGAGAGCUCCUGAAUUUUGUGUUGCAAGCCAAUGACUGCUCAUACAAUAAAUAAAAUUAGAGCUACACUGGCUGAAGUUUGUUUGAUUCAACAAUUAUUGUUAGCCUCAUGGACUUACACAAUUUUAUCACUGUGCUUUAUACAAGGUCAUCGAAUUAGAUAGCAAAUAAUUGGAAUAUAUUGAAAAUACAGAAUAGACGAAAAAGUAUGGAGAAAAAAUCCGAGAAAUAUAUUAAUCUAAUUUGGAUUCAAAUUCCUUAUGAGAUUUCCUUAUCUACAAAUUCCUCGACUUCUGAAUUAUUUCAAAAGUGAGGAAGAUAAUUCGCCAGUGUUUGAAAUGAUCAUCUAGUACAUUAUGAAGGUUUUGAAUUAUUUAUGUUGAUUAACAAUUGUAUCAUUGGGCAUCGUACAUUUUCAAUGUUUUAAUUAAUUCUAUGGAUAGUACUUCUAGAGUUCAUUUCAUUUGGGAAACAAAUUCUUUCGGUGCUAGUACGUUGAAGAUAAUUAUGUGGUCGACAGACUUUGGGAAUUUCAUUGUUUUUUCUUUAAAAUCAAUUGGAACACUUUGAGAAAAAUGGAUGAUUUCUAUGAUUUGAAGAUAAUUCACUAUAGGCGUUUUCGGAAACUUACUCGGGUCGGGUUGGUCGGAUCCCCAACCGUGCCUGAACGUUCGGUUACCUCCAUAAUUUGAUUCAGUAUUCGCGGGAAUCAAUGUUACCAGGUGGCGCUCGGUUUUCAUCGUUCCAUGUCAAAGCCACGUCAAAACUGGGAGAAAACAAACUAAAUCCUCACACAAUAAUCCCAUUAGUGCCAUCAGCUUGUGUACUGUGUACUGAUAAUAAUGAUGUUCUCGAAUUUCUUGACAUUAAUUGUCAAUAUUCGAUCGAAAACGCUAAUAAUGCCUGUUGCAGAUGUUGUUUUGGCAGAUAUUUUGCUUUAUUUAGAUGGAAAAAGCCGACCAGUAGUGGAAAGAGAAGCAGUUCUCCAUGCUAAUCAUGUGAUUUUGUGUGAGGCAGAAGACUUCAACAAAAGGCACAUUUUUGCACUUUGUCUACAAACUUCGGCGAUAAAAUCUUCCCCACAUGAAGUAAAAUUGAAGUUGGGGUCCAGAGUAACUCCUGUAAAACAAUUGAUUUCUAUAAACAUGUUGUAGCUGUUCUUUUAUAUGUCAAUUGAUUUGCUAGUCAUAAUUAGUUUGAAUUGUUUGAACUAUCUCCAAUUCUUCACCCGUUCACUAAACUAAUAAACAUGUAAUAAUUUUAAAAAAAUAACCAACUCAUCAUAUCACUACCAACAGUGCCAACACUUUAUGUUAUUGACAAGUUGGACUACAGCUACAGCAAGCUGAAUGCAAUGUAGUCUAUGCACUUCAUCCAUAGACAGUUUGUUUUCCCCCAGUUUGAAGUUCGUAUUAUGUAACCUAGAUGUCGCCCACUUCGUGAAUCUCACGAAUAAUCCAUAGAGAAGAAAAUUUGGGUAGGUGUGUAGUUUGUGGUUUUAUGAGCCAAGAAAUGUGCGACAAAAUAUGAGAAAAGUUUUCCAAUCACCAGGUAAAUAUAAAUAUUUGUAACCAUAUCAAAUGAGUACUUGAAUAUAAUGAGAACAUUUUCGUCUAUCUUAUUCACAAAACCACAGAAAAAAGGUUGAAUUCUGUGUUCCUAAGCUGACACGUUAAAAAACGAUGAACACGAGUAGGUGAUCCGACUUUUUUGUGACGGUAUCUCUCUCCAUCGAGUUAACAACCAAGAGUGAGUUUCCGAAAACACCUAAUUUUUUAUCUACUUUUGGUUUCUUGUGAAUCCGGCAAUGGAAACACAAUUUUUGAGUAAAGUGUCAUCCCUUAUGUAAUUUUUCUUCAUCUACAAAAACAUAAAAAAAAUUGUUGGCUCGAAAUGACAUUCUAAAUUCAACCAUGUGCCAGGAGUCACUUAUCAAUCAUGGUAAGGGAAAAAUAGUUUUGAUACAGAAUCGAGCAUUUUCGAGAUUUUCAAGAAAAGAUUGAUUCAUAUCCAACUAUCUAUGGUAUUAAAUAAAAACAAUCUCUCUUCACCUAACAUUAUUUUCGCAAUAAUUCAUUUUUGAUGUGAUAAAAGGUGGCAAGUUGCAUUCAGAAAAUACUCGAAAAUCGGGAGUUGUCUCCGGAAAUACGCAAGGUUGAGAAAACAUCUAUCAAUAAAUGCGAUUCAUAUCUUUAAAAAUGAAAAGUUAUAGAGAUAAGUGAUCUCCUAGACACCCGCUAUAUACCAAAUGCCUCUGAAUAAAAAAAAAGGGUUUUUCAACUAUUAUUGCAUGUUACAAGAGAAAUGCUGGUUUGAUUCACUUGAAAAAACCGAACCGAUUGAUCGAUUUAUUGUCAACUUCAUUUAGACUUGGAAAUUAUAUUUUGUUAGAUUUGUGUUCCGAAUUGAAAUAAAAAAACAAAUACAGAAAUUGUUGGGUCACUGCCAGACAUUUUAACUGAAAAGGAAAAGUAUAUAGCUUCUGAUUUAUCCCCAAUAUCCCAAAUUGCAGUAGCCAUAUAAUAUACAUUCAUUACUUAUAGAUUAUGACUUAUACCAAUCAACUGAUACUUUUUCAUCCCUGCAUAUGUUGAAAACCGCUCAACCAAUACAUUUUUGGAAUAAUUUCAAUGGAAGGUGUUUUAUUGAAAUUAACAAUGACAUUUUGAUAUUCAAUUGCUACAUCAGAUGAUGAUGGUUUUCUGGCGGUAAUAUGGCUAGAGACAAACCUACAGUUUCUUUAUUGAAACUUCAUUUUGUGAAAACUGUUCAAUUAUACCAGGUGUCCCAGAGCUUUCAGGUCAGCAAAUAUCUGGGUUAUCUAACAUGAAAAAAAUCUAAAAAUUGUGGAAUAUUUAUGAGAGCAAAAGCUCUCCAAGGCAGUGGAAUGGAAUCACCCUCAUGUUAAACAAUCUACUACAAACCACCCCUAACUUUGGUUUUUCAAAUUGUACCUCAAUGUAUUUUUCGGUUCAUGUCAAUUCAGUGAUGGGACUAGAUAUAUAAAAAUAUCGAUUUUUCCUCGAAUAAUUGAUGGAUAUGACUGUUUUCACUUUCAACACUUACCUUAUAUUGCCUAUUCAAACUUUAUGUGUAGCUCUGAUUUUUCAAGCAAUAACCUGGUGUUACAUUAAAACUGGCUUGCAAAAUCAUUCACUCCUUUAAAAUUUAGUAUAGUCAGAUCGAGAGAUUCUAUAAGAAGGAGAAAAAAAAAACAUGGGGGUGCCAUUUGAAAAACCUGAGUAAGGGGUGGUGUCUAGUAGAUUGUGUGAAACAAAGAUGAUCUGAUUCCAACAUUUUGGAGUGAUUUGGUUCCAUAAAUUCCAAAACUCUUUGAAAUUUUUUGUAUGUUAGAUAACCUACAUAUCUGCUGGCCUAAAAGCUAUGGGGCACCUGGUAUACAGAAUAACCCUGUCCCUACCUGUAAGUACUUCAAAUAUGUACCCUAAUAUUGAAGAUGUACCUUUCAAUCACAAUAAAAAUAUCAAAUAAUAACUGUUCUUUAUUGGUCUAGAGAGGAACAUACAUAUUGCCAAUUUUUCGUUCCUUUGAUUGUAUUGGAGCAUAGGAUUUCGAAUGUUACAUGUGAAGAUAUAUAAAAAAGUUUUGCAUUUCAUGGACUGAUUUUUGAUGAAGGUAAGGAAUAUUCAAUAAUAUAGACUAUACAAAAUUAGAAAAAUUUUGAAGAGUACCUUUUAUCUGUUUGAUCAUAGAUGUUUGAUUGAACUAUUUUGUUACCCUAUACAAAGGGAGCAUCCGUACUUUAGAGAACAGUGAUUAUUUGGUUCUUAAUUGCCACCUUUUUAUUUAUAACAAAUUGAAUACAAUAAAAAUUAAUCAAAUUUCAUAAGUGUCACUUAUUCAAUGAACAUCAUAAUAGCACUUACACCUAUUCUCCUCAAAACUACUAGCACUGCAGUGCUGGCCUUUGAUGUUUAGCAUUUAAUUGCUCAUUGGUAAAUGAGUACCCAGUUCCACCCUGAAAUAUGA